AUGAUUGCUGAGCCUAUUGUUUCGUUUGUAAUAGGAAAACUUGGAGAUCUCCUUCUCCAUCAAGGAGCCACCCUCUUCGAAGUAAGUGGUCAGGUGGAGUGGCUCAAAGGAGAAUUCGAGUGGAUGCAGGCCUUCUUAAAAGAUGCAGACAUGGAACAAAAUGAUGAAAGGGUGAAGAAAUGGGUGGCUGCUGUAAGAGACAUUGCUUACAAAGCGGAGGAUGCCAUCGACAACUUCAUCCUUCAAAUAGAACAAAGCAGGAGAAGAGGGUCAGUUGAUUACACCCAGAGCUUUACUUCCUUUGUUGAUGAACCAAGUGCCCGUCAUCAGCUAGGCAAGAAGAUCGAAGAGAUAAAGAGUGAACUUGUUGAGAUCCGUCACCGAAGAAAGAGUUAUGGCAUUAAAAAUCUCUGCAGAGGUGAAGGAAGCAAUUCCAUGAGGAGUUUGCGAGAGCAGAGGAGAACUUCUCCUCUACUAGAAGAUACAGAAGUCGUCGGUUUCCAAGAUGACAUAAAUACCUUGGUGGCACGGUUGAUCGGGGGUGACUCACGGCGAUGUGUGAUUUCUAUAGUCGGAAUGGGUGGUCUCGGUAAGACUACUCUAGCAAGGAAAGUCUAUAAUCAUGAUGAUGUUAAGAAGCAUUUCCAAGGUUGUGCAUGGAUAUAUGUAUCUCAAGAAUAUGAUGCAAGGGAUCUUCUGCAGAGCACUAUGAGAUGCUUUAUGAUUCUGGCUGAAGUACAUCACAAGAUGAAUGUCACUCAGUUGAAGGAGGAGCUUUUCAAGCAUUUGGAGGCGAGAAGAUAUUUUUUGGUGUUAGAUGAUAUGUGGAAGACCGAAGCAUGGAAUGCUUUAGCUGCUGCUUUUCCAGACAGGAAUAACGGAAGUCGAGUCCUGCUUACCACUCGCAACAAAGAAGUAGCUUCAUUUGCAGAUGCCCGGAGCUAUCUUCAUGAGCUGCAACUUCUAGGAGAACACGAGAGCUGGAAAUUAUUUUGCAAGAAGACAUUCGUAGAACAGGAUAGCAGUUGCCCCACAAAUUUAGAGGUGUUUGGAAGGAAGAUUGUGGCAAAAUGUCACGGUCUACCUCUUGCAGUCGUUGUCAUUGGAGGCCUGUUAUCAAGGAAAGCAAGGCUCCCACGUGAAUGGGAGAAAUCAUGCUUUCUCCAUUUAGGAGUUUAUCCAGAAGACCACGAGUUCUCUGCCAGCAAACUGAUUCAGUUGUGGGUUGCAGAAGAAUUUGUACAGUCAACGGGGCCAGAAACAUUGGAGGAAGCUGCAGAAGAUUGCCUCGUGGAGCUAAACCAGAGAAGUCUGAUUCAAAUAGUGAAAGGAAGUUCCAUGGGGGGAGUUAAAAGCUGUCGCAUCCAUGAUCUUCUUCGAGAUCUCUCCAUCUCAAAAGCCCGGGCUGAAAAUUUUCUCAAUGGGGACACAAAUUCUCUCUCUCCAUGUAAAGCACGUCGACUUUUUGUGCAUCAUGGCAUCAGUAAGUACACUUCCUUAAACCAAUCCAAUCCAUGCCUUCGUUCCAUCCUGUCUCUCAGCCUAGACAGAGAAGAAAUUGGAAAGAAUCAGCUGGAUCUUCUUUACAGACGAUUUCAUUUGCUUAAUGUUUUACAUUUACACGGAAUACGUGUCGAUGAGUUUCCAACUGAAAUAGGUACACUCAUACACUUGAGAUACCUUGGUCUUACGGGAUGCGUGACCCGUCUGAGAAGACUCCCAUCAUCAAUAGCCAAUCUUUGCAAUUUACAAACACUAGAGGUAGAUAGUCCUAAUAAAAUGGAUAUCCCUAGUGAAAUUUGGAAGAUGCAGCAGUUAAGGCAUGUUCGUGUACCAGGAAGAAUCAAAGGUGAAGGGCCUAAAGCAGGGGAGCUCAGUUGUUCGAGUAACCUACAGACUCUAACAAGCAUCGAUGCCGACGACUGGAUACAGGAUUGCUUGGGAGAGCUGAUUAAUCUUAGGAAACUAAAAAUAGAGAGAAUAGAUUUCAGUAUACAUCGAAAGAGAUUGUUCGACUCUAUUCCCAAAUUAGUCCAACUCCAGUCUCUGACGUUACAUGGUUACCGUUACGGUCUAAUCCCACUUCCACUAAUUUCAAAUCUGUUGCAUCUGUAUAAGCUGUGUUUGCGUGGAGGGUUAGCGAGGCUACCAGAGUUUCAUGAAUUCUCACCAAAUCUCACAAAGCUUACCUUGGAAUUCUCCUGCUUAGUGCAAGACCCAAUGAUGACACUGGAGAAACUAAAAAACCUUCGGAUUCUCAGAUUGCUUGAGCUUUCAUACUUGGGAAGGCAAAUGGUCUGCUCUUCGCAAGGGUUUCCUCAGCUUGAGUCCUUGGAUGUUCAUAACUUACUUAAUUUAGAGGGGUGGAGAGUUGAGGAAGGAGCCAUGUCGAGUCUUUUACAUCUAAAUUUCUUUUGUUGCCGACGAUUGAAGAUGCUUCCAGAAGGAUUAGAGUAUGUGACUACCCUUAGGAAAUUGAAUCUACAUGAUAUGCCUCAGUGUCUCAUAGAUAGGCUUCGAGAAGAUGGGGGAGAGGAUUUGCAUAAGAUCCACCACAUACCCUCCAUCCACAUAAAGGGAGUAAUCAUUCAAAACUGAAAUGGGAGAGGAAAAAUCCCCAUACAAAGAGAAGGACAGAGGUCUCUGUUAAUGCAAUAUGGAGUACCUUAUGUCCAAGCAAUUAUAUCUUCAGGAGCACCUUCCUCUGAAACUUGCUGCAGCUGGUUCUGAAGAUAAAUAUUCAGAUAUGGGAAUGUUGUUGUUGUCACAACCGGCAAUCAAAGACUGACUUUCGUUCUGCAAUGUAAAGCCGGACAUGCCUCAACAAUUGAAAGUGAGGCUUCGAGAAAGAGAGGAAGAGGAUUGGCAUAAGAUUCAACACGUACCCUCCACUAACAUACACGAAUAAGAUGUGGAUAUGGUGUUCUUGUGACUAGCAAAUACGUGAUCUCUCCAAAGCAAAGCGGAUGCAUUGAGGUUGGAAAGUCUCGAGCUUGUGCAAGCCAACAUAGGCAUGUAUGGAAGAUGUGCAACAUCCAAGCUGUCCAUCAGUAUUUGAUGCCUUGAAGUGGACAACAAGGGCAUGGAUCCUACAUAGUGGGCCAAGUUUAUCAUCUAAAUAGCAAC